AUGAAACGAAUGUUUGCGCUGGCGGCGCUGGCGACGAUAGUUUCGCGAGCCAUGGCCGGCUUCGAGGAAGGCUCCGAGGACGACACAACGUAUUUGACUGCGAUUGCGGAGAACGUGAACAAGACUCUAAUUUUUCAUUGGCUGGUGUCGGUGAUCAUGCUGAUUGUUGUUCCCUCGAUCGGGUCGGCGUUCGUGCUUGCUGGACGCGUUGCCACGGGCAUAUUUAUCCAGACGAUCUGUGCGGUAUACGCGGUGAUCGAGGCCAUGAUUUUGCGGUUCCCGGAUCCGACCGGCGAGGAGAACAUUGCUAGUCGGGGAACGGCGUGGUUUUUGGCGUUUUUCUACUGUCUCACCAUCCUUGCCGGCAACCUGGCCACAGGGACCACGCUGAUAUCCGACAGGAUCGGUCUGCUGGGUCCUCGGAUCGCCAACGUUGCGUAUCGAAUUUUAUCGGUUUCAUUAGUGCUUUGCGGAUUUAUUAAGUGCGGAAUGGCCGUUACGUCAGCGCUGGGAUUCUGCUACGGUCUGCACACGGGACAGUGUAACGCGCACGGGAUCAUGGGCACCGCCUUCGUAGGGUACGGGUUCAUCCUGAGCAUGGUGCUGGUCGUUCCGUGGCUGCGACACGGCGACGGUCAGAAACACUCGCAGGAGUUUUACGACUCCAUCAUGAUCACCGCGUGGGGAAUCGUCAACACAUUCACAGAACACCGGCCAUGGGAACCAUGGUCCCACGGCGACUACCAACAUACCAGCAUGGGCAUCAUAUUCUGGGCCUGUGGAAUGCUGGGGAUCUGGCUCUCGCGCAACAACAGACGCAACCCAAUGCCUGCGUUGACCUUGAUGUUCACCGCGUACGCCAUGUCCCAGCACGCACAGCACAUGGAGAUCUCCACCAAAGUGCACUCGUUUUUCGGCUGGACGUUGAUGCUGGGUGGAUUUGUGAGAAUCUGGGAGAUCACCUUCCUAUUGGAGGACCAAAGGUGUCAUAAAAGCGGAAAUAUUAUCUCUUUCCAGUAUCUGCCACCUUUUGCGCUGGUUUUGGCUGGAAUUUCGUUCAUGGGAGCCAACGAGGAGCAGCUGAAGCUGGUGAUGGACAUGGGCGCAGACCACUCGUCGUACGUGAUGGUUCUUGGCAGCGUUGCCUGCGUGGUGGAGCUCUGGUUCCUUGGAAUUCUUGAGCUCUACUUACGGCUUGUUGGCUACACGAUCUACGACCAGAACCACUACGACGCGAUCCAGACCAACCCGACCACCGACGAGUUCGAGCUGAACGACUUCAGCGACAUCGAGUCCAAUCGCGCCACUCCCAGCGACCACUAG